AUGAAAAAUCUGAAUAGAUUCCGUCCGAAAGCUGCAAACGCACUCGUUCAAGAAGUUCUCGCUGAAAAACUGGGAGGACUAGCCGCCUAUGACGUCGAUGAAGCGGAUAAAAUAUCCAAAGACAUUUCAGCGACCAUCCGUGAGCGGCUGAAAGGUGAAUAUCUUUCUUUUUAGGGGAUCUGAUACUAUUGUAGGUCUUCAACUGCCACGUUACAAGUACGUCGUCCAAACACUCGUCUCCGAGCAAUGCGGAAAUGGAGCGACGUAACGACUAAUGUGUUAGAGCGGAAGUCUGCAUGAAUUUAUUAUUCAGAACGGCAAUUCAGUGCGUCUGGGACGAGGAUUGCGAUGCCUACGUUCAUCAGAGAUACGUCACGGUUAGUGAAGUAUAAAGCGGAAAACGAGACUUGCAAACUCAAAAUCAUAAAAAGUCACAGCCCGGCCCAGCCCGCGGCAAGUCUGGUUCUUAACAAUGAUUGUACCUAUUUCAGGGCUCGAUUUGGUGCGAGGUUCUCGUGUUCGCCAUCUUCCACUACUAG